AUGUCAAUUCCAACUACUUCAUCAUCCUCUUUGUGUGACUUAUUAACUUGGAAAGAUCCAGUUCAAACUGGUAAAGUUUUCGGUUCAAUCAUCUUAGGUUUAGUGGUUUUCAAAGCUGUCAAUUUGAUUAACAUCUUUUUCCACUUAUCUUAUAUUGCUUUAUUAUUCUCAGCUGCUGGUGAAUAUGCUGGUAAAUUAGUUACUGGUCAAGGUUUCGUUACUAAAUAUAAACCAUCAUCAAAAACUUAUGCUAAAACCAUCAAUGAAUCAGUUUUACCAUCAAUUGGUAGAGGUAUUGAAAAAUUAGAAGAAGAAUUCCAAAAAAUUGUCUACAGUCAUGAUAUUGAAACCACUUUAAAAGCUGCUGGUUUAUCAUACAUCUUAUACAAAAUUACCUCAUGGUUCUCCUUCUUUACCCUUUUAGCUACUUCAGUUGUUUUAUUAUUCACUGUUCCAGUUAUUUAUGUUAAAAACAAGAAAGAAAUUGAUGCUGCUGUUGCUCAAUAUUCAAAACUUGCUAAAGAUAAAACUGCUGAAUACACUAAAUUAGCCCAAGAUGCUGCUGCUCCUCAUGUUAAAACUUUAGUUGAAAAAUCUGGUCCAGUUGGUUCUUUCUUACAAAGUAAAUUCCCAACUAGAACUGCUGGUUCAACUGUUGGUGAUGCUAAAGCUUCAAAAUUCGAAGGUGUUGAUGUUCCAACUCAAUCAACUGCUUCAACCACUGGUUCUUCUAAAUUCCCAGAAGUCCCAACUUCUUCUAUUAAAGAUGACAGUACUUUCGAAGAUUUAGUUGAAGAAGCUAAAGCUGCUGGUGUUAAAGCUGCUGAUGUUGAAGGUGAAAAAAUCUCAUUCUAG